AUGGAAAAACAUUUUUACUCUCAAAAAAUUUGUAGUUUACCUCUAAAAAAAAUUCAAAAAUUUGUACUACAAGAGUUUAAGGAAGACAUUAACUUUGUUGAACAAUAUGUGCAUGAAGUAUUGGAUUUUAGUUCUCAAUACGGCAGUGAUACUAGCAUUUCAUACACCGCCUAUAACUUGACAGGAAAACCGUCCAAGUUUCCUGACUACGGAGAUUUUCCACAAGCCUUUGUCAUGAAAACUUAUGGCAACUGGUGGAAAGAAGCACCUUCUAGCACAGUAGAUUAUAUGCCACAAAACACAUCUAAAAUACCCAGUGUUGAUUUUGUGGAUGUUUCUUUUGAGGAAUGUGUAUAUCCUUUUAGAAUUAGUAUUUAUGAAACUUAUAAUCCUGGAGCAGUUGUUCGUAUUUGGGCAAAAAAUCAUGCCAACUCAAAAAAUAUGUGGGAAUUAUUGUGGGAAGGUGAACCCUCUAAGCAAAAACACAUUCCAAGAGUAUUUACACCUUUCAUCAAAAUAGUUAAUUUCACUACAUGUGUUCUUAGAAUAGAAUUUAAUCAUUCUCAAUUGGAAUAUUAUACUGGGAUAGAUGCUGUGCUCUUGGUGGGAACAAAACAACCUAUAAAAAGUAAUUUUUUAUCUUCAAACAAAAUAUUUGACCUAGAAAAUGAUGAAGGAAAUAUAGAUCUAAGUGCAGAAGUGUUUGGAAAACUAACUCAGCAAAUAUAUGAACUUAAUUUACAUUAUAUUCCCAAUAAGGGUACAGACAUACACAAAGUUAAAAGAAAUUUUCAAAAUAAAACUGAUGCCGUAAAUGCUACACAGUCAACAAGAGAUUAUUGUAAUAAUAGUGGAAGGUUUCAAUGUUUGCCAGAUGAAGCAAUAUUGAAAAUUUUGGGAUAUCUUGAUUUAAUAUCAUUACGUAGAUGCGCUCGUUUAAAUCGACAUUUCAACUUGCUUUGUUACGAUAGUUUUUUGUAUAACAGUUUAUCUCUACAACCUUAUUGGAACAUUAUAAAUAAUGGAGCUCUACUUAGUUUGAGUAAACAAUGUCAACAUUUACAAAAGCUUGAUUUAAGUUGGUGUGGAAGUUACAAUGCUAUUACUCCUUCCGUUUUUCAAGAAUUUUUAAUCCCUAGUUAUGGUACUCUAACUCAUAUUCGUUUGAAUAGCUGUAAAUUUGUAACAAAUGAAACAAUUGAAGUUUUAGCUCAGUGUAAACAAUUAAAAGAACUUGGUUUAAGAAAUUGUACUACUGUAAGCAGCAAAGGAUUUUACUGUUUAGAAAAACUUUCUCAAUUGGAAUACCUCGAUUUAUACAGGACAAAUAUUACUUGUCAACCUCUGAUUGAAAUCCUAAAGAACAACAAAAAUUUAUUGCAUUUGAAUUUGGGAUCUUGCACCAAAAUAAACAAUAUGGAUGAAGUUGUGUUAGCUAUAUCUGAAAAUAAUAAAAAACUUAUUUCACUCGAUCUCUGGAAAACUUCAAAUUUAACUCAAGUUGGAGUUUCAGCAUUAAGUCAAUGUAGCUUACUUGAAGAAGUGGAUUUAGGGUGGUGCUUGGGAUUUACUUCACCUUUUGAUAGUUUGUGUAAUCUAGCAGAAGGAUGCAGUAAACUAAAAAAGCUGUUUCUAACAGCUGUUCGAGGGAUUUGUGAUAAUGAUUUAGAGCCUUUUAUUAAAUUUUGUCCUGAUUUGGAACAAAUAGAUUUAUUAGGAGCUCGAGGGAUCACAUCAGAAAUUUGCCUUGAAUUAUUAAUAGGAUUACCGAAAUUAAAGCUUUUGGAUCUCAGUUUUUGCAAUUUAAUAUCUUAUGCAAAUAUUUCUGACUGGAAACAUCUUUUCCCUCAUGUUUCUUUUAAAAGAAGUUCUCACUUUAAACAAACUAAUUUAAAUGAAAAAAAAAUUUCAAUAUUUGCUGUAAAUUUUAAUCCUUUAAAAAAAUAA